AUGGCGAAACGGCAACUAAGCAUGGACGAGCUGAACCGAGCUGCGCUCGAUCAGUUCGUCUAUCAACCCGUGAGCCGGGAAAUGAUUCAAUUUCUGGCCGAUGCGGCUCACAACGUCAUUGCCUGCGACUCUACAUUAGUGUCGCCCAGCCUAACCAAGCAGCCCCAACAGGCUCAACAACCGCAGCAGCGUCCAGCCAACCUUGCUCCUAACCGCGCGAGGAAUCCUCAAUCCGAAGCUGCCCACGCCGUCAACGUCUCCCUGCCCACUCUGGACGAGUUCAUCACCCAGCUCGUGGUGUCUUCGAAUGUCCAGGUCCCGACCCUCAUGUCCACUCUGGUCUAUCUAACCCGGCUCAAGGCCAAGCUUCAGCCCAUGGCGCGGGGCCUGCAGUGCACGACCCAUCGCAUCUUUCUCGCCUCCCUCAUCCUGGCCGCCAAGUAUCUGAACGACAGCUCGCCAAAGAACAAGCACUGGGCAAACUACACCCACAUCGCCACCGACAUGUACAGCUUUGGCUUCAACCGGACCGAGGUCAACCUCAUGGAGAAGCAACUCCUCUUCCUUCUCGAAUGGGAGCUGAGAAUUACGGAGCAGGACCUGUAUCGCGAGCUCGACUCCUUCCUCGAACCUCUUCGCUGCCGCAUCGCCGAAAGGCAUGCCCGAAAGAUGCGCUAUCGGGAGGAGAAGAGACGCCAGCAAGAGAUGGCUGCCCGGCAGCUCAUGCUGCCCACCUGCCGCGUCCAGUCCCGCGCCUGGACCGCAAGUCCCGAGACCACUCGCUCCGUCAUCAGCGGCUCCAUCACGCCUCCGGGACUCACGUACAGCAGCUCAUCCAGCUCGUACGCAUCGUCGGUUGCGUCAAGCCGACAGCCCUCCCGCUCCACGACGCCCUUGGAGUCUAACCCAUCGCCUUGCGUAUACGACGUUUCGCAGACAGCACAAGGCAGCUUGUACGACUCUCCCGUCGAGAUUGUCGUAGACACUGACCUGACCAAGUCGGCACCGCAGCCGUCCGUCUCCGCAACCGGCAUGCUUGCUUGCGAAAUCUCUGCUGAGCAGUACCACCAACUUCAAGACGGCCCGACCAAGAAGCGGCACCGACGAGGAAUGUGGGGCCGCUUCCUCGGAGGCACCGUCACUGUUCGAUAA